AGCAAGCAACCAUGAAGAACAUCAGGGUCUUUGUGGGCUUCUUGGUUCUGACGAACGUUCUUGUUGCGGCAAUCGCCCAGCAAUGCGGUCCCAACGAUCCAUGCCCGGACAAUAUGUGCUGCAGCCAGUUCGGACGGUGCGGGUGCGAUUCGGGUUGCGGAGCUGGAUGCCAGAGCCAAUGCAACUGGUGCCAAAGAGGAGGGGGUGGCGGAGACGGAGGAGCAAAUGAUAUUGGGGUCAACUAUGGGAGAGUUGCGAACAAUCUUCCGCAGCCGGAUCAAGUGGUGAAUCUCAUCAAGUCCCUGCAGUUCAAGAGGGUGAAGAUCUUCGACACGGACCGAACAGUUUUGCGGGCUUUUGCGAAUUCGGGGAUCCGGCUCACAGUCGCGGUGACCAACCAGGAGUUCAGCUCCAUCGCCAGGAGCUCCAACGCGGCGUCGGACUGGGUCCGGAAUAGAAUCGCGCCGAUUUACCCCGCAACGAACGUCGAAUUCAUCGCGGUGGGGAACGAAGUCCUUUCGGAUCCCGGGCUCCCCUGGCCCGAUCUAGUCCCUUCAAUGUGGAAUCUCAGAAACGCGCUGAACUCGCUUGGCUUCAACCAGAUCAAGAUCACGACGCCAAUCGCAACGGAUAUCCUGAAAGAAUCAUUCCCGCCAUCCGCGGGAGAAUUCAGAUCGGACAACGGAAGGGACUCAGUCGUGAAUUCGCUGCUGGGCUUCCUGUCCUCCACGAACUCGGUGUUCAUGGCCAAUGUGUACACCUUCUUCGCCUGGCAGGGGAAUCCCCGCGACAUAAGCCUGGAAUACGCCCUCUUCCAAAGCAACGAUGUCAAGGUCUGGGACGGCGGCAAGGGCUACACGAAUCUUUUCGAUGCCAUGGUGGAUGCGAUCUACUCGGCCAUGGAGAGGAAGGGCUACGGGAACCUGCCGCUGGCAAUUGGGGAAUCCGGCUGGCCCAGCGGGGGAGCCCCAGGCGCCACCGUGGAGAAUGCCAAGGCGUUCAACAGCAGAUUGAUCCGACGCACCAGGAGCGGUGUCGGGACGCCCAGGAAGCCGGGAGGGCUCGCCGCUUGGGUGUUCGCUCUGUUCAACGAGAAUCAGAAGGGCGGGCCUGAGCUGGAGAGGCACUUCGGGCUGCUCUAUCCUAACGGAUCCCCAGUCUACCCGUUGCAGCGGCCGCGCCAUCCGAUUGUCAGGGAAGAUGCGGUCAAUAAUUCAUCAUCCCUUCUCCACUCGGCAGCAUGAAACUUGUGAACAAGAGUGAGAGAACCCUAAGCUCCAGAGAAGAGCAGAGAUACUGUAUUUUGGCAUGCCAGAGAUUCUUGUCUAGAUCGCAAUCCUGAAUGCGAGGGAUCUUUUCUCGACGCAGGGCGAGUUCUCAGUUU